AUGUUCUCGUACAUAAGAGCGUUGAGGCCACUUAGCCUAAGGGCGACUUACGCUACGUCGGCCAAACCGUUGACGUUCAGCACAGUCCUGAAACAGGCAAAACAGCAACCAUCGAUGAAGUCUGCGACUGCCACUCCAGCUUCUGUUAACACAACGCAGGGUGUGAAUGAGGAGAUUGUCAGAUAUAUCAUCCACGCCAAGUUCUCGCGGAACAACACGAUUCUCACAUUGACCGGGGUCUACAGGGAUCUGAACUACGAGAGACGCAAUGCUGACCAAUCACAUAACCAGCAUGUGCUUUACCAUCUUCAGUUGCCUGAAAGGGUGCUGACAAGUCUGAGUACAGGUAUGCUUGGGUUUAGGGGUAUGCACAGAAGUGAGCAGGAAGCCGGAUUCCAGGUAGCUGCCAAGCUGUUUUCGAUCAUGGAGCAGAAGGGAUAUCUUAACAGGCCUCUCGAAGUUAAAAUGACUGGAUUUGGAAAGGGAGACCGUGGGUUCCAGGAUGCUCUCUUUGGAAAGGAGGGGUUUAACGUCAAGAACAAGAUCGCGCGAGUCAGUAACGUUACCCCCCUCAAGUUCGGUGGUGUGAAGGGUCCAAGGCCUAGAAGAGUCUAG